GUAAGUUUUUGAAUAUUUAUUUUUUGCAUGUUUUUUCGUUGCGUUUCGCGGUUUUUGUUGUAUGACGUUUUUCUCACGGUUUUUGAUAUGUGUUUCGCGUUUUUAAAUAUAUAAUCCGCGUUUUUUUCAUAUUCUUUUCGUUAUUGUUUUAGUUUUUUGAUUUUUCGUUUUUCUUUUGUUUCAGUUUUAAAUUCAUUUUGUUUGUUUUAGUUUUUGAUUUUUGUUUUGUUUUUCGUUUGUUUUAGUUUUUUUUAAAUUCAUUCUGUUUGUCUUUUUUUUGUAAAUUUUUAAUUCAUUGUGCUUUUUUUUUAUUUUACAGAUGCAGGCAACCAGGAGGGAGCGGGCCUACCUUAGGGCGGCCAACGAGUGGCUGCGGCGGGAGGAUGAGGAGGGUGAAACCCUGGAAGGCGAAAAUAUUUUCGCCAUCCAGGAUCUCCAUCGUCGAGCCGCCAAAUGGUUGACGGAUGCCGAGGACGAGGCCUACAUGGCCGGGGCUCGCUGGGAAGGAGGUGUCGGUCCGGACACCCCGAGAGCGCGGUGGGUCCGCGCUGUGAGGUGCGAGGCGCGUGCCCUGGAGGCCGAGGGCGAGCACCUGCUCGCCCUGUACGAUGUCGAGGAUGCCUGGGCCCUCAGGAUCCUCUUCGGGGAGGAGUCCACCCGGCCUGACCUGACGGAGGAGGGCUGGUCCCUGGAGCAGUGGGACUGAGAUCCCCCUCCACCCCCCUUUAAUUAGAUUAAAUUUUAAAAAAUUGUAUUUUCUAAUUUUAAGUUUUUUAAAUAAAAUAAAAUUUUAAAAGGAAUAUUUUCUUUUUGCUAUUUUUAUUCAUUCCCCUCAAUUUAUUUCCCUUAGUUUUCACAUUUUAUAAGAAAAAAAAAAACAAAUAAAUUAUAAUAUAAAAAAAAAAAAUAAAAAAAAACCUGUACUUUAGUUUUAAGUUGAUUGUUACAUCCGUCGAAGUAAACUCAUUAAAUUCUUUUUAAAUAAUUAGGAGUAGAAAUUGCCAAACAGGGUUCAAUUAUUGGGAGGACCCAAAGGCCAGCCAAAUAAUAAAUAUUAAUAGAAAUUUUCCAGACGGAUUUCUCUUCCGAAAAUCCGUCGUAAAAGGAAAUAAGUUGGGUCUGUCAUGCUGAAGGCAUCUGGAGUUCAUGCCCAGUUCAUUUCCCGCAAUUUUAAAAUUUUAAAUUUACUUUCAAUGGACAAAUGCAUUAAGGGAACUCAAGCCCUUUCUUUUAUUAUUUAUUUUAGCGUGGGGCCAGACCCUUGUAAACUAAAAUUCGAGUUUCCGUCCCAUUAGAAAUUUUAUGGGGGUUCUAUGAGUCCUCUUCGUAACGAGAAGUCAUAAAUCCCUUUUUGACAAUUUUUAAAU